ACUAAAAAAUAAUAUAAAAAAAUAGGAAACAAAAAAGAAAUGGAAAAAUGGUGGUUGCUGAGGGCAAAAGUUCCUCAUAAUUAGGUCAUGUCUGUAAUUUGGUGAUAAAGUAGGGGUUAGGUUUUCUAUUUACACUGAUUGGCCACUGAAUCACGCAUCCAAACAAGUCCACAUACAUUUUUCCUGAAUAUGUAUAUAUAGAUGCCAAGACACCAAGAAUAUAUCCUUCUAAACUACUAUUAGAACUUGAAGGGCUAGGUUGAAAGAGAAGCACAUACGCCUCAACUCAAAGAAAGCAAAGAAAGAAAUGGAAUGGAAAAAGAGUGAUCUGGAUGUUAUACUUGUACCACUAGCUUUUUUGAUAAACAUUGCUUAUCAUUUCUGGUUAUGGCAUAAGGUUCGCACUGAACCACUCACAACUAUCAUCGGGACAAAUGCUAAAGGAAGACGUUAUUGGGUCUCGGCCAUAAUGAAGGACAAUGACAAGAAGAACAUCUUGGCAGUCCAAUCUCUGAGGAACACAAUAAUGGGAUCAACCCUAAUGGCAACUACGUCGGUUCUACUUUGUUCUGGUCUCGCAGCUGUAAUAAGUAGCACUUACAGUGUGAAGAAGCCACUCAACGACACCGUUUAUGGGGCCCAUGGGGAAUUCAUGGUGGCUUUGAAAUAUGUGACACUACUCACUAUUUUCCUCUUCUCAUUUUUCUGCCACUCUUCGUCCAUUAGGUUUAUAAACCAAGUGAACAUUCUGAUUAACACACCACCUGACCCCAUGUCUAUAGUGACCCCAGCGUAUGUGUCUGAGCUCUUAGAGAAGGGUUUCUUGCUAAACACUGUGGGAAACAGGCUCUUCUAUGUGGCACUUCCUCUUUUGCUUUGGAUCUUUGGACCUGUAUUGGUUUUCUUGUGCUCUGUCACCAUGGUGCCAGUGCUUUACAACCUUGACUUUGUGUUUGGGAAUGGCCAAGUUGAAAACGGGAAAAAUGUGAAUGGGGACUUUGUAUGAAUAGUGUGAAAAUAAAAUAAAAUGAGAACAGGGAUGGUGUGAUUUUGCGUAUGUUGUUUUGGGCAGUGCAUGAGAUUUGGUUCUUUUAUUGUGUGUGCACAUAUAAAUAACGCGUUCUACAUUUUAGAGCGUGAUGAUAAUCUUGUGCUUUUCACAACUAAAUAAAAAAGUAUAGAGGGCUUAUGUGGU